AGUUCUCAGUCUGGUAAUUAAGCAGCAAGAAGUUUUUGCUAUCAAUUGAUUGAUCCCCAAUCAGGGAAAGCAAAAGAGUUUCGAUUAUAAUCAAGGUCAAGAAACUCAAGUAGCAGAGAACCAUAUAAGUUGCACGCAUGCAAGUACAUAAGGCCGAUCAGAACUAUUUGUGUCCCAGCUGCUUCAAGAACAUAGAUGAAUCUUAGCUAACAUUAACAAUAUAUUCCCUUCUUUAUGUCUGAUAUUUGAUAUUUCCCUUUUUUAAUCCAAUUUUUUCUUCGUUUUGCCCAUGCAUAAUAAAUAAAGGAGACAAGCAUGAAGGUUGAUACAACAAUCAAUUUGCUUGUCAUGGUGCUGAUGGCUGCCCGUGCAUAUGGUAUCACCUGCAGCUCCUUGUUUGGAAAUGAGACAGACAUGUUGUCACUGCUUGAAUUCAAGAACGCAAUCAGUGCCGAUCCACAACAAGCCUUGAUGUCAUGGAAUGAAAGUACCCACAUCUGUAAUUGGGAAGGUGUUCGUUGCAGGAUGAAGAAUCCACAUCGGGUCACUACUCUUGACCUUGAGCACCAAGGUUUGGUAGGGCAAAUCUCCCCUUCACUUGCCAACCUAACAUUCCUGAAAACGCUGAUCCUGUUGGAUAACAGCUUCACCGAUCCCCCCUUCCCUUGGUCGUCUGCGUCGCCUACGAUAUCUCUUCCUUAGUAACAACACAUUGCAAGGAAGGAUACCUAGUUUCUCAAACUGUUCCAGUCUCAAGGUUCUUUUGCUGAAUGGCAAUCAUUUAGCUAGGGAAAUUCCUAUAGGUUGGCCUUCUAAACUUGAAGAUAUGAAUCUUUCAGCUAAUAAUCUUACCGGAAUACUACCUGCUUCUCUUGCUAAUCUCACAAUGCUGAAUGAUUUUAGAUGUUUAUUCAAUAAUAUCGAGGGUGUCAUACCGAAUGAGUUUGCGAAGUUCCGCAGGCUGCACAUCUUCUAAGUUGGAAUCAAUAGGUUUUCAGGGAGGUUUCCACAAGCCAUGUUGAAUCUUUCUACGCUUGUUGAUCUUAGCCUUACACAGAAUAGUUUCACCGGAGAGGUAUCGUCCGACAUUGGUAACUAUCUACCUAAGCUCCAAAGACUCUUUUUAGCUAGUAACUUCUUUCAAUGGCAUAUCCCCCCUUCAUUGGUAAAUGCUUCCAAGCUAUCCUAGAUUGACAUAUCAAGAAAUAAUUUUACCGGGGUGGUGCCAGACUCUAUUGGCAAACUAAGCAAACUUUAUUGGUUAAAUCUAGAGCUCAAUAAACUUGAAGCACAUGAGAAUCAAGAUUGGGAGUUUAUGCACAGCUUAGCCAGCUGUAGUCACCUACGAGUUUUCUCGUUAAAUGGAAAUGUUUUCAAAGGUCAUGUACCAUCUUCAUUAGGUAACCUUUCUGUUAAGCUUGAAACAUUGAACUUGGGAGCCAAUAAAUUAUCAUGGAGUUUUCCUUCUGGCAUCGAAAAUUUUCUCAACCUAAUUCACUUGACAUUGGGAAUUAACCAACUUACUGGAGUGGUUCCUGGCUGGAUUGGGAGUCUAAAGAAGUUACAAUCAAUAGAUCUAAGUGACAAUAACUUUACAGGGUUUAUUCCAACAUCACUUUCAAAUUUGUCUUUGCUAGGGAAUCUCUACCUAUCCUAUAAUAACUCCGAUGGUCCCAUACCCCCAAGCUUGGAAAACCUCCAAAUGCUUCAAGCAUUUUAUGCCUCCAACAAUAAUCUUCAUGGUAGAAUACCAAAGGAGAUCUUCAUAAUACAAACAAUAAUUGCAAUUGACUUAUCUUUCAACAGCCUCGAUCGAGUUCCUGUUGACUUUGGCAAUGCCAGAUAGCUCUUAUAUUUGUCACUUUAAUCAAAUAAACUAUCUGUAGAUAUUCCAAACACUCUUGGAAAUGUUGAAAGCUAGCAGUACAUCAUGUUGGAUUCAAACAUUUUCGGUGGAAGUAUCCUACAUCAUUAGUGAAUAUACGAGGGCUAAAAUUUCUUAAACUUUUAUAAUAAUAACUUAAGUGGGUCAAUACCAAUGUCUCUUGGCAACCUACAACUUCUUGAGCAACUAGAUUUGUCAUCAACCAUCUUGAGGGAGAGGUCCCAACAAAUGGAAUCUUCAAGAAUGUAACUGCUAUGUGGCUUGGGGAAAAUCAAGGGCUUUGUGGUGGGAUUUUGGAGUUACACUUGCAGGCAUGUUCUAUCAUGCAUUCAGAUUCAACAAAGCACAAGCUGUUUGUUGUGCUCAAAGUGGUAAUCCCAAUGGUCUUCAUGGUAUCACUUGCAAUGGUCAUACUUAUAUUAUUGUCGAGAGGGAAAAAGAAGACAAAAUCUAUGUUUUUGCCAUCAUUUCAUAGAGAAUUUCCCAAAGUUUCUUUCCUUGAUAUAGUUAGAGCAACGGAGGGGUUCUCACCGUCCAACAUAAUUGGAAGAGGAAGAUACGGAUCUGUGUAUGAAGGAAAACUAUUUCAAGAUGGAAAUUUUGUUGCCAUAAAAGUUUUCAACAUGGAGACGAGGGGAUCAACAAAAAGCUUCAUUACAGAAUGUAAUGCCUUGAGGGGUGCGCGGCACCGUAAUCUAGUUUCUAUACUAACGGCAUGCUCAAGCAUUGAUUCUAGUGGGAAUGAUGUCAAAGCUCUAGUGUAUAAGCUCAUGCCUCGAGGAGACUUACAUAGGGUACUAUACUCAACUCAAGUCUACAAAGAGUCUUCAGGUCUGAUACAUAUGACAGUGCCUCAACGGCUGAGUAUUGUUGUGGAUGUCGCAGAUGCAUUGGAGUACCUACACCAUAACAACCAAGGAACUAUUGUUCAUUGUGAUAUGAAACCAAAAAACAUUCUUUUGGAUGAAAAUAUGACCGCUCAUGUUGGAGACUUUGGUCUUGCAAGGUUCAAAGUGGACUCCGCGGUAUCACCUUCUGAUGACUUAUACUCGACUUCUUCGGUCGCAAUAAAUGGAACGAUUGGAUAUAUUGCUCCAGGUAUGUCUAACACUGGGAUUAAAUUACUCUUGGCAUGUGAAAUACAGAGUGUGCAACAGGUGGUCAUGUUUCGAUUGCUAGCGAUGUCUAUAGCUUCGGAAUUGUUAUACUUGAAAUAUUCUUAAGGAAGAGUCCAACCGAUGGUAUGUACAGAGAUGGACUGGACAUUGCAAAAUUCGUUGAAAUGAAUUUUCCUGGAAGGAUAUCACAAAUUGUUGAACCUGAAUUACUCCAAGAUCAACCUGAGUUUCC